CCCAAGAAUUAGGGCUUUAGCUCGGCAAUGGCGGUGAAUGACGAUGUAGAGAAUGUGAGGCGAUCGUCACGGCUAGCAUCGCAAGGGGAAGUAGAUUGGGAGGAAAAGUUCGCAUUGUCAAGAUCUUCGCAAGAGCAGGCCAAGAAAAUCCGAAGAAAGCGCAUUUCCAUGGCGAUUUGUAGCGAAAAUCCUGCAGCUCCAAAGAAGAAUGUGGUAUAUGUGAGACGAGCCGAGAGAGAAGAGCAAGCUCCAAUCUGUAAAACUCCAAAUCUCAAGGAAGUUUUACCGCUAAAGCAAUCGUUCUUCGAGUGUGACGCGGUGGAUCUUGCGCCACGGCUGCUAGGAAAGCUUCUUCGUCGAGAAGACGUUGUCUUGCAAAUAACCGAGGUUGAAGCUUAUCGGCAGGACGACACUGCGUGCCAUGCGCGCUUCGGUAAAACUCCACGCACGGCUCCCUUGUUUGGACAAGGAGGGCAUGCCUACGUCUAUCUGUGCUAUGGUCUUCACGUAAUGCUAAACGUUGUGGCUGAUAAGGAUGGUGUUGGUGCCGCUGUGCUCAUUCGUUCCUGUGCUCCUGUAUCAGGUCUGGAAACGAUUCAAACUCGCAGAAAGCAGCAAACUAUUAAGCCUAUACUGCUCACUGGCCCGGGAAAGAUUGGACAAGCUCUUGGAUUGACUACUCAAUGGUCGAGCCAUCCUUUGUUCUCGCCAGGUGGUCUUGAGAUUUUGGAUGGUUCUUCUCCGGAUGCCAUUCUUGUCGGGCCAAGGGUAGGAAUCGAAUAUGCACUGCCCAAGGACGUGAUAGCAUUGUGGAGAUUUGCUAUCGCUGGCACUCCUUGGGUGAGUGCUCCAAGAAAUACCUUGCAACUCCAAAAGCACUUGUAAGUAUACUCUAAAUCGUCUUCUCCUCACGCUUGGAAAUCAACGAUCUUGCCUUUGCCUAAAGGCAAGCUUUAAAGUCUUAUUAGAUAAAUCACACAAGAAAGUUUUCAGGGCUGAA